GACUAAAUCCACAGCGUGCAUGAAGAAUUCAUGGAUUAAUGUAGGUGAAAAGGACGUGAAGGAGACAAUGGUAUUGAUUGUGCUACCAAACGGCGAAAAGUUUGCAUUAGACGUAAACCCUAACGCCACCACUCUCCAUCAACUGAAGGUCGCGAUCCAACAAUUCAAUGGCAUGCCUGUUUCCGAUCAACGUCUCUUCCUUUCUCUGAGUCUCGGACAAAACGAUUCCGAUCUCAUCUCUAACCUUGGAAUUCAACCCUUCUCAACCCUAACCCUACUCACCACAACACCUUCCAGCGUGAAGGAGUCGGAAUUAGACAAGGAAGCGAAAGAGGAAACAAUCGGGGCAACCUCCAGUACAGUAAAGGAUGAAUUAGUCAAGGAGGUAGAUUCUGAUUCUGAUUCUGAUUCUGAUUCUGAGUCUGAGUCCGAUGCCAAGGCCAGGGAGGACUCUGAAUAUUUGAUUUACCCAGAGUCAGAUUCAGAUGUGGAUGAUAAGAUAGAAAAGAGACGCCAAAGUGACCGUUUUGAAAUUCUUAGGAAGAGACGUGCUGCCGAAAUUGAUGAACAACGCAUGAGUAUCAUCUUUAAGGAUUAUGAGGAGAAGUUCUGUGCUGAGAUGGAGCGUUGGUGGGAAGAAGAAGACAAGAAGUUUUUUGAAGAAGAAAAGAAGUACAAGGAGGAGCUAUUGAAGGAGGCUGAGGAGGAUCGCAAGCAGGCCAUGAAGGAGGCUAGGAAGAAAGUCAAGAGGGCAAAGAAAGCCGAGGAGGCGAAGGCAAAGGCAAAGGAGUAAUGAAUAUUUCAAGAAUUAGAGAAGGACUAGAUUUGCACUAUUAUGUUUUUCAUGAUAAUAAUAAUAAUUGUAUUAGUAUGUUCUCCUUUGUGUGCCUCUCUCUCUUUGAGAAGAUUGUUAUGUUAUCUCUCUGUUCCGUGGGUUGUUUUUCUGUUUUCCCAAAAUACUACCUUCAUAAGGAUUUAUAACUAUUUUGUAUUCA